AUGCAGUUUCCCCAAUUUUUCAUUAUUAUGACGACCGUUUACACUGCCGCCGUGCGGGCGAGCUGCAGUGAUCCGGUCGACGGAUCUUGUCCACUCAAGCCAUUACAGGGGAUUUGGUCAUGCUCUACAAACAACACGGUUGUGUAA